GUAAAAUACACAAAAUUGAUGUACUUAUUACAAAUAGUUUAAACUUUAAACUACAACCACUAGAAAAGCCCGACAUAAUUUCUUAGUAACUCGAUCACUAAUGAAUGAUUUAAUCGAUACACAGAUUGAUUGUUAAGCUGUAUGGGUUGAGAAACAGUCUAGAUAAUUAAGCGAUGCGCCAUUUAUGGCUUCUUUCCCAACUUCAGGCUUGAAAUGGAAGAGUUGGAUACCUCGAUGAGUAAGGAAUUCUCGCCGGAAAAGCAAAAAAGAUGACAGAUUUAGCCGUACUGAAGAAAAUCAUGCAAGGCGAACCAGAGUGAUGUACAUUUUAUGUUCUCAAGUCAUCUGUAAUUUUCAUGGCGGGCGUUGUACUGUUGUUGGUUUCCCAGCUGGAUCUGGACACUUCGCUCUUCAUUCCUUUUUCCACCCCACAUGUCCCUUUCUUCCUUUUCCUCUCUACCUCUCUAAUCAGAGAGAUUCCCAAGCAAGCUCUCCUCUUUUCUUUUCUCCCCCUGCCCUUCCUUCACUCUCCCCACCCCACUCUGCUUUCUUCUUCCCCUUUUCAACAUUUCCUCUGUUCCAUUGACCAUUCCCAUGCCUGUCUGAUUUUUUUAAUCAAUUUCUCCGUCACUGUGUUUCACAUCUUUCCUUCUAUAAAUUCAUCCCCCCCUGCUUCCUUCAAUCUCCCCUCUUUUCCUUCCCUUCCUCCUCCCCUGCCUUCACCCUUUUGCUCUGUUUUCUCUGCCCGAUUUCCCCUUCCCGGGUUUCAAUCUCUGGAGCGUUUCUGAAUCUGGGUUGGGGAGAUCUUUUUUGGGCUUGAUGCAUAGCCUCGUAAUAUUGAUGUUUGAGAUUCAUGUCUCCAAUUCUCAGUGAAGAACUCCUCCUCCUUCCUCCUUGUAUGAUUAAUUCCACUUUCCGGCGCAGGACCCAUUUAGUUCAGUCUUUCUCCGUCGUCUUCCUCUACUUCCUCUACUACGUCUCAUAACAUCUGAUUCACCCACCGCCCCACCUUCUUACCCUAGCUUUCAAUUAUCCCAAUAAGAAUCAAAAUUCCCCCAAAUUAGUUUCCGUUUCAGAGUCUCUGUUUUUUUUUUUCAAUUUCCCCUGCUAUUUCCAGCUACUUGGGUCCUGCUGCCUAAAAAAAUACCCUAAAUAGAGAAAUAAUUUCGAUGGCGUGCUCGAGCGGGACAUCAUCGACGACGUCAUCGUCUCAGCUGGCGGCGGCGGGGUCGGACGAGAGGAAGAGGAAGAGGAUGGUGUCGAACAGGGAGUCGGCGCGGAGGUCGAGGAUGAGGAAGCAGAAGCGCCUCGACGAUCUGACGGCUGAGAUCGCUCUGCUGGCAGAGGAGAACGGCCGGAUCUUGACCAGCAUCAACGUCACCACCCAACAUUUCUUGUCCGUGGAGGCAGACAACUCCGUCCUCCGAGCCCAGGUCGGCGAGCUCAGCAACAGGCUGGAUUCGCUCAACGAGAUCCUCGAGCUCCUCGCCGCGACUCCCUCGCCGGCUAUCACCGCCUGCGUCGGCGGCGGAGAAUAUUUUGGGUUCGAGUAUGAGGCACCGGCACCAAUGGCGGAGCAACAUUAUGGCGUGAGCAGCAGCAGCUGCUUCAUGAACAUGGGUUUUCUGAAUCACAAUCAGCUUAUUAUGGCGUCUGCUGCGGCGAAUGAUGUUUUCCUCGUGAAUUAAUUGAUUAUAAGGGAUUGGUUAUUGAUUAUCAUUAUUAUUAUUAUUAUUAUUAUUAUUAUUAUUAUUAUUAUUAUUAUUAUUAUUAUUAUUAUUGGUUUCCUUCUUUCCUUUGUUAAUCUUAAUUCUGAGGAUUGUUAAGGCACAGAUGAGGUUAAUGAUCUUGGUUUGUACUGUUAACCAUUGGUGGAAGUACGUCAUGGGAUGCUCAGCUUGGUGUUAGUUAAUUAAUUACUGCUGUUGUUGUAAAAAAAAAAAAAAUACUGAGGAUUGUUAAGGCACAGAUGACUAGAUGAGGUUAAUGAUCUUGGUUUGUACUGUUAACCAUUGGUGGAAGUAAGUCAUGGGAUGCCGAUGCUCAGCUUGGUGUUAGUUAAUUAAUUACUGCUGUUAUUAUUAAUUACGUGUGUAAGUUAAAUUUUGGGUUUCAAUUUGCUUUGGUGCUUUCAUUGUGUUUUCUUUCUGUGUUUGGUUAUUGGUUGGUGGGACUAAUAUUAAUACAAAAUCACAACAGUACUGUUGGGGAUGUGACUCGGAAAUACCUAAGGAUGAUCGCGUCAAAGACGACCGCGCCAAAGCCGGCGCGCGAGUAAGGAGAAUGGCCUGGAAAGCUCGCGCGUAAACUCCAAACGGCCCUCAACGAGAAGUGUAAUAGCGGCGCCGCGUCACCCGAAGGGUAGUCACCAUCAUAGUCCUAGAGUAGUCAACAUCAUAGUCCUAGGUAUAGUCAUGGCUAAGGGUCUUGUCGUCCCUAGGGAUAUGGUAUUGGUCCAUGACGUGUCAGAGGUCAUGUCACCCUGCCAUGGUAGUCACAUCAUUGUACCGUUGUGUACCUCACCCACCACCAUGUAGCCUAUAAAUAUGGCAUUUACUCUGGUGGGUGAGGGGAUGGGAUUUUUGAGACUCUAUCUCUAAGAUCAUCACUUUAUCUCACUGAAAUAGAGACUCUCAACUCUUUCUUUCCUCUCAUUUGUCUCAUAGUUCUUGUUCGACCAAGCCGUUAAUUCUUCUUGACCCAUUACAGUGAACCUCACUCCUACACUCAGUUAGGUUCAAACAAGUACUUUUGUUUGAUGAUUUUGAUGUUUCGAGAUACAUCUAUUUGGAUUUCAUACCCAACCCAAUUGGGUUGGAUAGUAAGAAACCCAUGAGUAUGGGCAAAGUUGUCAUCCCUACUAAUUUAUCUAUUUUAUUGAAAAAAUUUAAUUAGUCAUUAUAGUAAUAAUAUGUUUAGAAGGUUUUCUAAUUAUUAUAUUAGAUAAAACUUGUUGAAAUAUAGUUUUGGAUGUUUUUAAAAGUUUUGGGUAUCAAAAAGUAAUUAAAAGUUUGGGUUGGAUGGAAAAGUAGACGAAUGCACAUUUUGACAACUUUAAUGGUACCCGACGCCUUAUUCAAACUUAAGUGGUAUGUCUUCCCCAAUUCUCAAACUUAAGUGGUACCAAGGUAAUUUCCGAAGAAAAGUCUGCACGCCAAAUGAAGUCGAAAUUCAUGAAUCAAAAGUAAAUUCUAGCAGAGAAGAACAAUAUUUGAGGACGUGCUUCAAUUGAAUUGAAUUUAUUUUAUUUUUCCAAUUACAAUCUAUAAAUUUUCUGGGAUUUU